AUGGAAGAUAUAAGUGAAAAUGAUGUUGAUGAUGUUGUUCUUGAUGAUGCAAUGGAAGAUUUAGGGAAUGAAGGAGAAAGAGAAGAAUAUGAAUUAGAGAAGAAGAAUGAAUACGUUGAGUGUGAGACAUCUGAAUUGAUACACAAAGAAGUUGCUAAUGAUGAAGAAGCUUACAAAUUAUACAAUGAGUAUGCAUUUAAAUGCGGAUUUGGUAUCCGGAAGGGCAAAGUUUGUUGUAGAUAUGAUACAAAGACCAUCAGACAACGUUUUUUGGUUUGUAGUCGUGAAGGAUUGAAAGACACAAAAGGUGGUGUGCCUAAGCUUGAUCAACGUUGUGGAUGUAAAGCGUUUAUUCAAUUUGAUAUUUCCAAAGAGUCUGGACUUUUUAUUGUUACUAAGCACCAUAUGAUUCACAAUCACCCCAUGGUGCCAUUGAAACAAAGACAUUUAAUAAGAUCUCAUAGGAAAGUGACAGUUGAACAAUUGCACAUGAUUAAUAAUUUGAGAAGUUGUGGAGUUGGGGUUGCUGAAGCUGUGCGUGUAUUGACGAAGGAAGCGGGGGGAUCUGCAAAUCUUGGUUUUGUGAACAGAGAUGCUUAUGAUGUAGUUGCUACUCAAAGAAAGAAAGAACUUGAUGGUUGUGAUAGUAACCAACUGAUUAAGAACUUUACGCAAAGACAAGCAGCGGAAUAUGAUUUUUAUUAUGACGUUCGACUAGAUCAUAUAGGGCACUUAAUAAGUUUUUUUUGGAGAGAUGGAAGAAUGAGAAAGGAUUAUGAAGUAUUUGGAGAUUUAGUUGUUCAUGAUACGACGUACCGUACGAAUAAGUAUGGGAUGAUUUGCGGUCCGUUUGUUGGGAUGAACCAUCACUAA